CGUAAGUAGUCUGCUUCUAACAACGUGUUUGUGUAUGAACGUCACGCUGACUGUCAAAAUUAGCCAAUAAAAACCGCUUGACUGUUCGCAUAUAUAGAAACAUAAGUCUGUGAACUAACCAGUAAUACUACUUUAGUGUCAAUCAGCUGUUCUUUCACUCAAGACGAGCAUUUUAUCGGAGAAAUAUUUUCAAAUCUUCUUUCGUUUUUCGUAGGGAAUUAGAAAAAAAAGAUGUUAAAGCGCUCUGCUGUUCAAGCUAAGCGAUUUAUUUAUGCCAAACGCUUUGAUGGCAUGCCGAAAAUCACCGACUUUCGUUUGGAAGAAGAAAGUUUGCCGGAGUUAAAAGAUGGAGAUGUUUUGACUGAAGCGGUUUACUUGAGUGUUGAUCCAUACAUGAGACCAUAUACUGAACGUAUUCCGGUUGGCGUUACUAUGAUUGGUGGACAAGUGGCAAAAGUGAUCGAAUCAAACGAUGCAAAUUUUCCAAAGGAUUCUUUUGUCUAUGGAACAUUUGGUUGGAGAACGCAUAAAAUUUUCAAUGCAAACGAUGGAAAUGAUAAUACGUUGAUCAAACCAUAUGUUUUGCCAUCAUUUGGUGAUCUUCCACUGUCUCUUGGACUUGGACAUUUUGGCAUGCCGGGAAAUACGGCAUACUUUGGGCUCUUAGACAUCUGCAAGCCAAAAGAAGAUGAAGUUGUCGUUGUAUCGGGCGCUGCCGGUGCUGUUGGUAAUUUAGUGGGGCAAAUUGCAAAAAUCAAAGGAUGCAAAGUUAUUGGAAUCGCGGGAAGCGAUGAUAAAUGUACUUGGCUCACAAAGGAAAUUGGCUUUGAUCAUGCCAUCAACUAUAAAACCGAGCCUGUGCAUAAAACUCUGAAACAAUAUGCACCGGACGGUGUUGAUUGCUACUUUGAUAACGUUGGCGGUGAACUCAGCUCAAUCGUUAUAAAUCAGAUGCGAGACUUUGGAAGGAUCUCAGUAUGUGGAUCGAUAUCAUCAUACAAUCUUCCGUAUUCCGAUUGGCCAAAGGUGCCGUUUUUACAACCAGCAUUCGUGUUCAAGCAGCUGAAAAUGGAAGGAUUUUUAGUUCCACGAUACUGGAACAAAUGGUUUGAUGGCCUAGCACAAUUGAAACAAUGGACUGACGAAGGCAAACUCCAAUAUCGUGAAACAGUUACCGAAGGAUUUGAAAAUAUGCCACAAGCACUCAUCGAUAUGCUUGAGGGAAAAAAUGUCGGAAAGGCCGUGGUUAAAGUUUAAGUUUCAAUAAUAUUUCUAAUAAAAAAAGAAAGAAUUGUCAAUUUUAAAUAUACAAAAGUCAUAUAUUCAUUACAAUCGAAUAAA